GAUUCCUCUCAUCCCCUGUCUUUCUUGCCCUCUCAAAACAAUCCCCUGGAGAGACAUUGCCCAACAUGGACAUGUUUGAAAGUCUUGCCAAGCAGGCAUCCCAGAUUACCAUGUACGACGUCAAGUCGUACUAUGAACAAGCCAAAAACGCUGUCCUCAAUAUCAGCGAGAUGGAGGCGAAAGUGAGGGAAGCGACGAAUGACGACCCUUGGGGCGCGAGUUCGACGUUGAUGUUGCAGAUCGCCGAGGGAACCCACAACUUUGCUCAAUUCAACGAGAUCAUGCCCUGCAUCUACUCCCGAUUUAUGGAGAAGGAAGCCCGCGAGUGGCGUCAGAUAUACAAGGCUCUCACUCUCCUCGAAUUCCUCGUCAAAAACGGCUCCGAACGCGUCGUAGAUGACGCCCGGGCCCACAUCUCUACUAUCAAGAUGCUCCGUAGUUUCCACUAUGUUGACGAAAAGUCCAAGGACCAGGGCAUCAACGUGCGAAACAGGGCAAACGAGAUUGCGCUGUUAUUGGGCGACGUCGACAGGAUCCGAGUCGAGCGCCGCAAGGCCAAGGCUAACAGGAACAAGUACCAAGGCGGGGGCAAUGACGGUGGAAUGAGCUUUGUGACUUCUUCUGGAAGCAGGUACGGCGGUUUCGGGAGUGAUUCCUUGGGCGGAGGUGGGGGUAGUGGAAGCAGCUCGGGUAUCAACUCUGUCUCGGACCAUUACCGCUCAGCACCCCGAGGAGGUUUCAACGAUUCCUCUCAACAAACCCAGUUCGACGAGUAUGAAGGCGCCGACGACUUUGAUGACCAGCCUCCCCCUAGACGGACGACUUCUGUGUCCCACAGAACGAGUUCGAGGGUUGCGUCUGGCGGGGCGCCUCCGAAGCCGGUAGCAAAGGAAGAGAAGAAGGCAGAGAAGCCGAAGGAAGUCAAUUUGUUUGACUUUGAUGACGAGCCUCUGUCUGCAUCUGUGCCCGCUGCUGCUCCAGCAGCUUCCUCUUCUGUGCUUGAUGACGACUUUGACGACUUCCAAUCGGCCGCCCCUACUCCCGCUCCUACUGCUCCCAAGACCAACAACAACGUCUUUGACCUCCUCAACUCCAACUCCUCUUCCAUCCCCACCCCCACCCCUGCUCCCGCUCCUGCCCCCAGCACCAGCUUUGGCGCAUUCACUUCCCCUCCCCUUACCGCCUCCAAACCGCCCACCACCUCUUACCCUUCCUACGCCUCGCAAUCAUCUGCCACCGCUAGCCAGGCGCAGACCCCAGCAGCCACCUCACCCAAGCCCAAGGGCAGCACCUUUGACGACCUCUUUGCGUCGUCGCUCUCGUCUUUGGGGAAGCCUGUGCAGCAGCAGUCGGGAGGAGGCGGUAAGACGAUCAAGGAUCUGGAGAAGGAGAAGAUGAGCAGUACUUUGUGGGGUGCGGGCACUGGGGCUGGUGCACCUGCUGCCGCUGCUCCCCAAGCUCCGGCUGCGGCCAAGCCAGCGGCUGGAGGAAACUUUGAUGACUUGUUGCUAUAAAGAAGCCACUGGGCUGUGAUACCUCCUCUUCUUGAAGCCUUCUUGAGAAUCUUUUUGUGUAUGGUUUGAGCAUGGAUCUUUGUAUCGAUCGGGUAUCAGGGUGCAUACUUACUCGGUCUCAGGGCGUA